GCACAGCGGAGCGACCAAAGCUGCCUGGGCGGCGCCAAGCCCUAAAGCGACGCUGCUUGUACCAUAGAAGGAAGAAAUGUGGAGAAGCUCAUCCUGUUGCCCGCAGAGGAACCUUCCAGAAAAAGAACAAAAGUUGCAUCAUGUCGUACAGCCAGAAGCAGUCCACAGUAGCCUUUGGUCAGGCAGUGAUUGGGCCUCCUGGUUCAGGGAAAACAACUUACUGUCUUGGCAUGCAGGAAUUUCUUUCUGCAAUUGGGCGCAAAGUAGCUGUAGUGAACCUGGACCCAGCCAAUGAGGGGAUUCCUUACCAGUGCGCUGUGGAUAUCUCAGAACUUAUCACCUUGGCCGAUGUAAUGGAGAACUUGAAACUGGGACCCAACGGUGGCUUGAUCUAUUGCAUGGAGUAUCUGGAGGCCAACUUGGACUGGCUGCAAGAGAAACUGGCCCAAUUUAAGGGGCAUUACUUCUUAUUUGACUGCCCGGGACAAGUGGAGCUUUGCACCCAUCAUAGUUCAUUGAGAAACAUCUUUGCUCAGCUUGCUAAGUGGAACUUCAGGCUGGCAGCUGUCCAUUUAGUGGAUUCUCAUUACUGUACGGACCCCGGCAAGUUCAUCUCCAUUCUCUGCACUUCCCUCUCCACCAUGUUGCAUGUAGAGCUACCCCACAUCAACGUCCUCUCCAAAAUGGACCUAAUCGAGCAGUAUGGGAAACUGGCCUUCAAUCUCGAUUAUUACACAGAGGUUCUUGAUUUGUCCUAUCUAGUGGAUCACCUGGCUACAGAUCCUUUCUUCAAGAACUAUCAACACUUGAACAAGAAGCUUGUGGAAGUGAUUGAAGACUACAGCUUGGUUUCCUUUGUUCCUCUCAAUGUCCAGGAUAAGGAGAGCAUGCAGCGUGUGAUGCAGGCGGUGGACAAAGCCAAUGGCUACUGCUUUGGAGACGCAGAGCACAGAAGCCUUCAAGCCCUGAUGUCUGCAGCAGUGGGAGCCGAUUUCCACUUCACAUCCACAUUAGCAGUCCAGGAGAAGUAUGUGCAGCCACAGGAGAAAACUGUGGAGCAGGAAACCAUGGACGUGUAGCAUGCCUGCUGCAGCUGUAAACAGGCCACUGCAGGUGGACAGCUCCUCCCAUCCAAGUUGGCUUCCCAUGUGUAUUAACCUGAAGCUGAAGAAGUACCCUGCAAGAUAUGGACUACCAAGAUGCAGCUUGGGCCUUUAGGUUCCUCCCACACAAUAACUUACUUUCUGGUGUAUUUGGGAGCCUCUGUGCUUGAGACAAAGGGGGGCCUCCCCACCAAAAAAACCCAGUUAGCAGUGAGCUGCAGUAUGGGCAGCUGCGAGGCACAGAAGAUGACCGGUGAAAUGGCAAAAGUAAUAGAUGUCUGCUGCCUAAAGGAAGUUUGCACCAAAGAUUGUCAGUGUGACCGCUCUGUUGUUGUUUUAUUGAGAAACAUGGAAUUCUGUUAACUUUGUACAAUUGCAUAGGAGCUUGACUGUCUUCUCUUCUGCGGCCGCCAAUGCUCUGCCUCUGUUUGACAUUUCAAAGUGUGGAGAUGACAAGCAGUGAUGCCGGGCACUAGGGACAGGAGCACCCUCAAAGCCUCCUGGCUCCACUUGCUGGGACACAUCCCCCCCCCCCCGGUAAAUGUCAGGUUUUGGACUUGGCCUUUUAGGAGAUUUCUUCUGGUGGAGGGACUGCUCAACCAAUACACUCUGUUCCAUACUUGUGUGUCUA